AUGGACAGACCUGCCCCAGAUUACGCGCAGUCAGGUUUGAACUCUGAACCUCCAAACUUGGCGGAACAGGACUCUGAACAGUCAGCUGCAGACCAGACUCCUGCUGCUGCCGCUGUCGCGUCUCCUCAAUACAACACGUCGCAGCCAGAAAACCGGGCACCUGCUCAGUACACUGCUCCCGCUGAAUCUCGAACUGCCGGCAACCUCUCCACCUCCAACACGCCGCAGCCAGACUACACCCUGAACCAGACAGCUCAGCCUCCUCCGCCGCCGGCUGCACGCCCACCUCCAUACCCGGACUAUCUCGCUCGACAACCGCAAUACCAUCACGCGCCUAAUACCCAAGCCGGCGGCGCGGCAGGUAUGGCUCAAGCAACAAGUCCGUCCAUGAACCUGCAAGAUGGGCCACAAAAUGACCAUCGCAAUCCCACCCAAAUAAAGUCUGACACGGACGUUCCUAUAGAUCCCUCAAUCGCGGCGGCGAGCCCAACCUAUCCUCCUCCAUAUUCCCCAUACCAACCGCAAGGUCACGAUAUGGCUCAGUACCAAGGCCAUCCACCCCCACAAAUGUACGCACGCCCGGAUUGGCCUCAUCAAUAUGGCCAGCAUCAGGGUCUCCCCGGACCAUAUAGUUCCCCGGCGACCACUGUCGGCACUGCCUCACCCGUAACUACGGCAGGGCCUCGUCCAGGACAGGUCUAUUCGUUUGUGCCUAUUCCCGGAUCACAGCAACACAAGCGCCCGCGUCGACGAUACGAAGAAAUUGAACGAAUGUAUAAGUUCUCAUGGCGCAAAGCGAACUCCCGACGAUCACUUCCCCAGUUGAUGACAUCUUCUCUUGCCUCUAUAGACGAACGACUAAUACAUUCUUUUUCGAUUCCCCCAGAAUUCAAAGAAAUUCGGAAAGAAUGGAAGGCACGCAAGAAGGAGGAGGAGAACCAGCGAAAAGCUGCGGAAGAGAGAGAACGGGCUGCUGCUCAAGGAGCUGACAGCAACGCGCCCCCGGAUCCGAACAACGUGACCGCCGCUCAGCAGCCUCCGCAGCCCGCACCAUAUCCAGCAGGCGUGCGUCCCCAACUUCCUCCAAUUGGGUAUCAACCUGCGGAUGGCCAAGUGCCAAAUCAAUACGGUAACUCAACGGGGAGUGGACUCGUCUACCCCUCUGGAAACGGACAGAUCCCCGCGACGUAUCCUACCAACUACCCUCACUCCCCAUAUGGCCAGGGAAGCCAGGUCUACCAACAACCUCCACCGCCGCCUCGCCCAGAUGGCCAGUUCAGCAGCUAUCAAUAA